CUCGGGGUAAAGAAACCAUUAGUAUUUCCUGAGCUAACAACACUCGUUCUGGCUUUGACAGAUAACCUCAACAGACCUUAAACACCUACAUUGUGUUAGGAUAACAUCACAAAACUUGGGAGAAUGCCUUUCUGAAGACACACACUACGGUGAAGUAGGUUGUUGUUUAUGCCAGUCAUCAAUUGCCUCAGACAUUGAAGCUUCUGGCUGCUACAAUAUCCUAGCUAGCUCAUUAGCAACAUCGCUAGCUUUGUAGCAUCAGCCAGCUUUCUAGCGGUGGCUAAACAGAUCCGCUCACAAACAGGCUGAAUGUGAGUAACAGCUUGCUGACCUGGUACCCGGACACACACCCUGAACAAGAAGAGAGGGGAUGGUGCAGCCCCAGCCUGAUGGCCCGAUGCAGUGGGACAUGCCGGGAGAAGACAUUGGCGGGACCCUCAGGGUCCCCCCGGAGCUGGCCUCCAAUGAGGUGGUGACCAGGCUGCUGGGAGAUAACCAGCAGCUAAGAGAGGCCCUGCAGCGGAGCAACCUGGCCCUCCGUCAGCGCUGUGAGGAGAUGGAGGGAUGGCAGCAGAGGACCAGAGGGGAGCGAGAGUUUCUCAGCUGUCGUUUCCAGGAGGCCAGGGCCCUUGUGGAGAGGCUGGCCCAGGAGAACCACUCCCUGCAGAGUCUGGUGAACGGGUCGGGCCCCUCCUCCACCCACUGCUGCAGCUCCAGCCAGACCGAGGAGCUGCAGGCGCGCCAGGCCCGGAGCAGGCCGCUGGACGGACCGCAGACACUUGAUCAGCGGGAGAAGAAGCAAGUGGAAGAGACGGAUCAGAACACACAGACCAUGCCGCCUCGCAGCCUGGGCGAUGCGAGUGUGCAUAGCUCCUUGAGUAGCGCCCUCCCCUCUCCCUCCUCCUCCCUUUCAGAGGUAUGGGGGGAGAAAGUGGGCAUGAAAGAUGGCCAGCCUGUGGAAGGUUCAAACGAUUUCCUCCAGUUGCUGAAGAGCCACAAAGAGAAACUGGAGGAAGGGAUGAGAGAUCUGAAGAGGAAGAAUGAAGAGCUGGAGAGGGAGAGGGAGGAGGGGGAGAAAGAGAGAGAGCACAUGCGGCGCUGCUUUGACCAGAUGCGGAACAAACUGGCCCAGCCACAGGCAGUCAACGUUUCUGACGAGGCUGCCCAACAUCGCUCUGAGGCACAGCACUCCUCUGACUGGUACCGUGAUUUGGAGGAGAAGCUGGAUUACCUGCAGAAGAGUUCAGCUCAGCGGGACCGAACUGAAGCUCUGCUCAAACAGAAGGACAAGGACUGCGCACAGCUGGCCAAGGACUGUGAGGCUCUGAAAGCUCAAGCCACGUCCCUGUUAGGAGAACUGAACGAGAGACAGAGCUGCCUGGAGAAGAGCGAGCAUGAACGCAAAAUACUGGAUGAAAAGCUGUGCAGUAAGAUGAAGGCGCUGCAGGUGGCCGAGCGGGAGCAGGAGCAGCAGAGGAAGCAGCAUCACGUAGCCAUGGACAAGCUGCUGCUGCAGACCCAGAGCCUGGAGACCGCCCUGAAGACAGAGAGACAUGUGGUCACAGAGGAGAAGAAAAAACUGACACAAUUGCAGCAUGCCUACACGUGUCUUUUUAGAGACUAUGAUACCAAACUGAAGAGUGAGGGAGGAGAUCUGUGCAGCCGGCUGGAGGAGGCGGAGCGGGCGCUGGCCCUGAAGCAGGACCUCAUAGAUAAACUGAAGGAGGAGGUGGAGCAGCAGAAAGGCUCUCUGGAGACCGUGCCCGUCCUCACUGCACAGGCUGAGAUCUACAAGGCAGAUUUCCUAGCAGAGCGAGAAGCGAGAGAGAAGCUGAACCAGAAGAAGGAGGAGCUGCAGGAUCAGCUGACUCAGGCCCUGACUGAGAUUGACAGGCUCAAACAGGAAGCCACAUCAAGAGCACGCAUCGAGCAGAUGAAGCUGAGACACCUGGAAGACUUUCCAACAAGGGCGCCACACAUUCCCCCCCCUCAAGCUUUCAACACGGUGCCACCGGCCCCCUCGUUCCGCCAUCAGGGUUUGCCCCCCCUUGGUGAUCAAGGAGCCGCUGGUGCUGAGGAGCUGCCUGAUUUAUGUUGUCCUAAGUGCCAGUACCAGGCUCCAGAUAUGGACACGCUGCAGAUACAUGUCAUGGACUGUAUACAGUAACAUGAGCGUACAGCACACACACACCUACAGAUUUACAUAGAAAGUACAUUUAAUUUUCUCACGUUUCCUAGUGUCUACUCCUAGCAUUGGGCACAACUUGAUAAACAUCUUUGGCUGUGGCCCCUUGCUCUCUGACACACACUUCAAAACAGACACACAAACCGAAAUACUUGCUGUACAUCUUACAAUUUUAACAAUCGAAUAUGUUGGAAACAAGACCAUUGGCAAUCAAAUGACAGUAUGAAGUGAAAGCGGAGAAUGACAGCAAAUAAUGAGCACAAUGGAUUACAAAUUGUGCUGUAGCUUUUCAAUUCUGCAACUCGUGCUUUUCGCGUCUUUCUCUUUACUCCUGGCACUUUUUAUUUUUCCCUCGUCAUGCCUUGCCUCUGAGAUGGCCCACUGACAAACAUGUCCAUCAGUAUUUGUAUAUGAAUCCUGAUAUCUUGUCCCUCUUUGCUCUUGUGGGAUAGUGGCAAUCGAGGAGGUAAAUACAUACUGUGGAAUAAGUGUAUAUAGUUUGACUGCAUCCUCCAGGUUAUACACGUGUACAAUAGAUAAAUGGGGCCUUCAAAUGAGAAAUCGAAUGACAAUGUGAAUAACCUUGUGAGCUUUGAAUUAUAUACAAUACUCAAAUAUGUUUUGGUCAUAAAUGUUGCUGUAUACAUUACCUCCAAACAUGUAUUAUUAUUAGAAAUUAGAGAUGGAUUUACUCUAAUUGAAAAAAGUAGCCAUUCUCUAUGUUCUGUGCCUGUGUACACAUCUGACUGCACCACUGCUUUAACCCCGACCCUGAACGCACCACCCCUCUGUCUGUGCCCUUUAUUCUGUCUUAUCUAUACCUGUAGCACCUUGCUAUUUAUCUCUCCGCAGGUAAGCACAUCAAGGGUCCUUCACAGUUUGUGUGAAUAUUGUCUGUAAUGAUGGAUCAUUUGGUUCAAAGAUUAUUGUUUCAAACUGUUGAAGAUUUAAAUAAAUUAGUUAUUCAUUA